CGCUUACAAAUGUGCAGGACAUCGGGGGAAAGGAGAGAACAGGAUAAAUGCAUGCAGUACCACCGUUGUAUGCAAGGAACAUAGGAUAUUUUAAUGGCACAUUAGCUUCAUGUUGUUAGAAACACGGACAACUAAUAAUCGCUCGGCCGAUAGAGCUUCUUGUGUUCAGCGGGUGUGUCCGGAAAAUAGAUCCGUGUAGAAACGAAGGAUAUGUGGUCCACGGUUUUAGGUUCCGCUAUUGGGUUGUCAAUACCAUUACCAAUCCGCUUUGUAUCAUAAUUUGGUCUAAGUUCUUGCAAAGAAAAGCUUUCCAAAUAUAUCUAUGUUAAACUGGUUUGUUUGGGUUAUUUAUUUCGUUUUAGGGUUUAACGUUAGACAAACAGCAAGCUCAGUGCGUUUACCAUUUUCGAAAUUUACAUGAAUCUACCUCACUUAUGUUAUGCUAGUUAUGGACUCGUUGGGCUGACGUUAAUAUAUAAUAAUAAUGACAAUAAUAUUAAUCGAUAAGGGUUUUGUGGAUUCAAGGCAGGACGGGCUGGUUUUUCAGCUGACGCAUGAGUAUUGUUGUCGGAAGCUUUGGAAACACCCCGUUUACUUUGAAAGGUUUUUUCCGCAACCCCUGUUGUCCGGGGAAGAUUAUCAUCCACCACAUAUUCCACAGGGAGUGGUUGCACGAGUACCAUGAUUGACAUCACGGAAGCGUCAACGUCACCUGUCUUUACCUGUUCUGUCUCGUGGUGUGGAUCAAGCACUUGCGUUCACUUAGUUGUUCCCGUACCGGCACUGAUCUGGAGCAAAGGGAGGCAGGACCCCAUCCUGGAGGAACUACGACUACCUUAUGCUUCACCAAAUAAAAACAAGGAUACUACAUCUGCUUCACCAAGCUUUCAGCUUUGAUUCAACAACCAGGGUCAGAGCCCUUUAAAUUGGGAGAAACCUUUGCUCCAGUUGUCCCGCCUACACACUUCACACUCCCAUAACCCUCAGAGUAUUGCUCCACCCCACCCCAGCCUAAUUAUGGGCACCCUGUCUCACCAUGAGAAGGCCUACAUCUCCUUAACCUCAGGCCUGAAAGAGCUAGACCUUCGAGGGCCGGCCAUCCCAAGCGACCUGGUUCUGAUAGGAGACCACGCCUUCCCUCUGGCCAUGAACGCCCAAGGCCAGGUGCUGAUGGCUGCCUCCCUCUUUGGGCGUGGACGCAUGGUAGUCCUGGGUCACGAGAGCUACCUGACUGCCUUCCCCGCCCUGGUGGAGAACGCCCUCACCUGGCUCAGGGGCGAUGGAUCUGAAAACCCCCUGGUUGGUAUUCACCAGAGCUGUAAGCCAGUGGCGGAUAACCUCAGCCGGUCCGUGUUCCAGGCCCAGAUGGUGGGGGGCUUCCUCCAAGACCUGGGGUUGGGGGUGUAUGUGGUGGAUGCCUACAGCAUGGCUCCUGAUGUGAAGUCCCUGGUGGAGUUUCUGAAAGCUGGAGGGGGGCUGUUGAUCGCAGGGCAGGCCUGGUCCUGGGCUGGACAACACCCCAAGCAAGAUGUUCUGAAGGCCUUCCCAGGGAACCAGGUGCCCAGCGUGGCGGGGAUCUACUUCUCUGAGCACUGUGGAGAGGUUGAUCUUCUGCCCGUUUAUCCUCAGAUUCCAACCUCCUGGCUGGCUGUGGUAAUUGGCAAGGACUUUAAGGAUGAUUUGGAGUACCUUCUGCAGGGCGUGUCCGAGUUGGACAUCAGCGGUGGCGCGAUAGCCUCCGAGGUCCUCGUCCACGGCCCUCUGGCCUUCCCCAUCGGCACCACCCCGGACGGAAGGGCUUUCCUGGCUGGAGCCUACUAUGGCCGGGGCCGGGUCAUCGUGACCACACACGAGGGCUUCAUGGGCCGGCAGAACCUCGCUCCAUUUUGGAAGAACGCUCUCCGUUGGUUGGAUGAGGGCCGUAACGGGGUCUUUGGAAUCCUGCCAAAACUUGACCACGCCAUGACCCUGUUCAGCCAGAUGGGGGUGACCUGUCAGAAGUCAGGCUUCAGCAAGGACCUGAGUGUGUAUGUGUGCACGACUUACAGCAACAAGCAGGCAGAGGAGAUUCAGCAGUUUGUGGCUGAAGGAGGAGGCCUUCUGAUUGGUGGCCAUGCCUGGUACUGGGCCCAGAAACACCCGGGGCAAAGCCCAAUGAAAGAUUAUGAAGGGAACCACAUCCUGAACAAGAUGGGCUUGAGUGUGCUGGAAUCCACAGUCAAAUCUGGAUGCUACAAGGCUCCCGAUCCCGCCAAGGCCUGCAAGGACAACUACCACUUCCGCCGCAUGCUGCGGCGCUUUGCCAGUCACGUGACCCAGGGGGAGGAGCUUACAGCCCAAGAGCUGGUCGGUCUGAAAAAGCUAGGAGGUGACUGUGCCAGCUACCUGAACAUGAAGGCCCACCACUGCCCCUCCUACACCCAGGUGCUGUCCACCCUCACUGAGAUUGUGAUGAGGUCCGGCAUGCCAAAGGUGUGUGGUAGCUGCCCAGUGAGCAGCCCCAAGGACCACCUCCUCCUCAGUAUAGGGGCAGAGGUCUACAAGGUGUGCCCAGAUCCAGACGCUCUCCUGCCCUACCUCAUCAAGGACAAUCCAGCCAUGUGUGUGUUCUAUAACUACAGGAUCCCCAUCAAUGUCGACACCGCAGGUUCAGAGUGGAUCAGUACUGGACUCUACCUCUCUCCUGGUAUGAAGACAUACAUGGCUUUCCCUGCACAGAUUGUCAACAAAGGAUGGCAUGUCCAGAUAGGAUGUCAGACCGAUCACCUCCGCCAUGAGACCCUCAAGCGGGCCCCACGCGUCCACGAGCGCUUCCCCGUCACCUCGGAGAUGAUGCAGGUGUGGAACCUGUGGGGGGGGCUCCUGUACAUGGUGACCCCGCCCAAGACGCAGGUGGGAGGUGCAGAGGUCAUGGUGCAGGUGGCUGUUCCUUCCCCCUAUUACAAAUCUGGUGUGACGACACCGGCCGACUGGGCCCUGAUGCGCCAGUCCCCCGCACCCUGGGCAGAGCUGGAGUUUGAGAACAUCAUCUUCACCGUGCCGUCCGAUGCCAUCCGACACCUGGAGCGCCCUGAUGAAGUGGCGGCUCUCUGGAAUAGGAUCAUGAGGGGGAUCGCAGACCUGGCAGCUGUUUCCCACAAAUACCCGCGCAAGGAACGUUUUGUCGCCGAUGUGCAGAUUUCCCACGGUUGGAUGCAUGCAGGCUAUCCCAUCAUGAUGUGCUCCUCUGUGGCCCCAGAACUGGUUAACCCAGAGGCCUCUGGACGCAAAAACCUCUGGGGCUUCAUCCACGAGCUGGGGCACAACCAGCAGAGGGGCUGCUGGGAGUUCAAGCCGAACACCACAGAGUGCACGUGCAACCUGUGGUCGGUGUACGUGAAUGAAGAGGUGCUGGGGAUUAAAAGGGCAGAGGCACAUCCGGCUUUGAAGCCUGAAUCUCGGUUGUCUCGCCAAGAGGAGUACGUCAAGAGUGGCAGAAAUCUUGCGAGCUGGACUAUGUGGGUGGCCUUGGAAACGUACCUACAGCUCCAGGAGGCGUUCAGCUGGGCAGCCUUUAAGAAAGUGUUCGCCGCCUACCACGACAUGAGCGACGUGCCUGGGGACAACAAGGGCAAAAUGAACCUGUACACCAAGACCUUCUCCCUGGCCGUGGAGCACAACCUGUGUGCCUUCUUCAAGGCCUGGGGCUGGCCCAUAGAGGCCGCCACUGAGAAGGAGCUGUCCAAGCUACCUCCGUGGACCAACCACCCCAUGGCUCGCUAUCAGUGAACCUUCCUAUUGCUUCUGAUGAAGAGACCAUCCGUCAAGGAUGGAAAGCUAUGUUGUGGGACUCAAAGGCUUCUAUUCAUUUCCUUUUUAAAUGCUAUUGCACUAGUUGUGGUUGGUUAGAUUGCACUUUAUAUAUUUUACGCAGAUUUAGUGAGCUAAGCUAGAUGUCUUACUUAUGAAGUACUUAAGCUCAGUUGUGUCUAAAAAAAUCGAAUUCUGUUAUUUUUCAUGGGCGAAAUACAUUGGCCUUUGUCUUUGGAAGUAUGUUAUUACCAAUUUUAAAACAAUUUGUUAUGUUCUUAAAUGUUCUUUCGAAUGAAUAUACAUCAAAUAAUGUAAAAAGGUAAUAACAUGUGUUAUGAUUUUGCUCUCACACCCCUGGGAUCUGAAUUUUACAUCGUUAUGAAUUAUGUGACCCACAAAAUUAUCCAAAUUUAUAUUUGAUGGCAUGGUUCUUAAGAAAUGAAGGGUGUUUUUUCCUCAGAAGGAAGGUCAAUCUUUUUAAAUGUAUCUGUAUUGGAAUAUGUGUAUUUUUUUCUUUGUUUUCCUAUCAAUUAUUACAUUUUACUGUGGGCCUUAUGAUGUGAAACUGAAUCUUUAACACAAUCUAUAUAAGACAAAUUCACCUAAUGUUUCUGUCAGUUCAUUGAAUUGCCUCAGGAAGAGGGUUUGUUCCAUUAUUUAACAACAGUAGUGAGAUUAAGAAGUGCAUUAAUAUAUUAGCUACUAAUUGUAAACGGUUUCUCUUUAGGACCAUUGACCCUCUCUAAGCAAAGGCAGCCUUCGUUAACGUGCAUACCGGUCGACUUUGCAUCGCAAGCCAUUGUCGCUUAUGGUCGUUCAGACAGUGGAGCGCCCCAACUGGUCAAAGGAGGAAGCUCUGCCUCCAAAUGUUGAGGUAUUUUCGUGUAUGCGACAUGGUUGUUGGGCCAUUGUCAAAAACCACACAGAAAGGUCAAAAUACAGAGAAAAGAUACAGUGCUAUGUAGGAGAACAGAGAGAGUGAGUAUGAUGGAAAACCAGAAUAAUCGUAAUCGAAAAACAAUUUACAUAAAAAAAACAUUAAAUUGAGAAAAGCAUGUUGCAUAAAACCUGGGCUAGGGGUAUGAGCCAGUCAAGGAACUAGUAGAAAGGACAAGCUGGACAGCAAUGGGAGAGGAAUACAUUUGGAUGUGGCAAGUCAGAUGCCUCAAAAUCCCAGAGCAGUCAUAUUAAUUUCCUGAUAAUCUUUGGCAUCUUUGGCGGCUUAUCCUUUGGUAACGGAUGAGUUUUAGGCCCGAAGACCGUGCUAUAAAUUAAGCAAACUUCAGAACUCCCAGUCCAAAUCUCUGGGAGACUUUCUAUAAAACAUCUCAUCUGUCCCCGUACCCGUCGCUAUGGGCGGGCCAGUGGGAGCCAGGCCCGCCCCCACUAUAGAGUGGCGAAGUCACGCCCUUUCCGGUAGAGCCCAUGGGACCUAUGAAAUCGAAAAAUAUGAGUGGGUUUCAAUGGAGAGAAAGUAAUUAUUUUCUGGUCCGAGUCUUUAUAUUCCCCGGAUUACACAUGUUUUUUGUGGAUUUAAAUGAUAAUUUUUCAUGCAAAGAAAACUAAACAUUUUAUAUUCCCUGUAACGUUAGGGCUGGAAUGUAGAGUAGGACAAUAGGCUGAUGUUCUAAUCCAGGUGGAUCUAGUCCUGUGUUAUGAGUCCCAGGCUGUUCUAGCUGUUCCUUUUUGUUCUGACCACCAGACUGUGUUCUAAUCUAUCUGGUUCUAACUGUCA